AUGCCCCUGUUCAGCUGGAUGAAGUGGUCUCAUGUGACAAAAGUGCAGACUCAGAAUGAAGCGCCACCUCUUAAGAGCUCAGAGGCUGUGCCCAGCCGCAGGUUGAUCAGAGAGCUCCUGUGGCAUGUAGAGGAACGUGAACAACUGGCACGGGAAUUGGAGCGAGAGCACAGGUUGGCCCACAGCUCUCCGGGCCUCCAAUGGUUCCAGAAGUACCAUCGGUUACGGACUCUCAUCCCCACAUCAGAGCUUUACCAGCUAGAGUUCCUGUGUGCCCAGAUACCACCGAUCCAUGCAGCCGCAGUCCUUUCCAGGUUCCGUGAGGUGCUGGCCACUAACAACAUAAGGCCCUGGGAGCUGGUGUCGGUCUUCAAGCAGGUGCUGAGAGACUUUGUGAACCAUAAGCAAUAUGAUGAAGAGUACGACUUCUCAGGUCAGUCAGCACAGCUCAGACCAAUGGAGGCUUGGACCAGCCGCUAUAAAAUGAGGCAGGGCUUUGUCACGACUACCAUCCCCAACUGUGGAGACUACCCAAGGGAGGAGAUACCAACAAUCUCUGGAUAUGUGGACUGGGCCAUGCGGCACUCCAGUUCAUUCUCAUGUUACAGCGACUGGGAGCAUCCAUAUAACUAUCCAGCAUCUCUCAGGUCCAAUGGGACAUACAGCACUACACUGUGA